ACAGUUGAUUGUGUACCACAGAUAAUUGUAUGAUAUGAGAAUAUAUCUCAAUAAAACUGAAUUUUAAAAAUAUUAAGACAUGUCAAAAAAUGAUAUCUGAGUGUGCCAAAUUAUAUGAAAGAAAUAAGAUAGAGUUAAUGUAAUAUUGUAUGACCCAGGGAGAAACUCCUUAGAUUGGGUGAUCAGGGAAUAUCUCUGAGGAAGUGACAUUGAACUGAGACUGAGUGGAGCCAAGUGUGAGCUACCCAUAGAUAGGUCUGAGGGAAGAGGAUUUAAGGACCAUGGGAAGUCACUGAAGGAUUUUAAGCCAGGGAAGUGACUUCUGAGUUCCUUUUUAAAAAAAAAUCUUUUAAAGAUUGCUGGGAGACUUGUUUAACUUGGAGCAAGAUUUCCUUCUUCCCCAUGACUUUCCCUGCUUUCUUGUAUCCAAAGGGAUUUACAGCCAGGCCAGUUCCCUCUAUUCAGGAGUUCCCACAGGGGAUUCGCUUGAUGAGUCACAACCAUUGUCAGAUGCAGCUCAGCCCUGCUCAGCAGGGACAUAGAAGUUCUGGGAGUUAGGAGUAGCUCUCUGAGAUGUGAACUCAGCAGGUUCAAUGGGCCUUUAUAUGGAAUUCUUAGUCCAGGGGGACUCUUUUGGCACCCAGAGGGGGCUGGAGCUGAAUGUGGUUUAGGGAUGGGGCCAAGGGAACUGGUCACAAGAGACAGAAAGGGAAAUGUGAGUGGAGACCAGGAGCUUGAGACACUGAGUAAAAGGCUUCAGAGUAGUGUCAGAAACCAGUCAACUGAAGAAUAGGCCUGUUGUUUGCCCAAUUGAAACAGCUCCCAUGUAUUUCCACCUUAGGAAGGAAUUUGGAAACUUUCUCCCUCAGGAGUUUUGACUUUUGAUCUGUCCCCUUCCUCUCAGGUUGGCAUCCUCUUGGCUCCCAGGACUCUGUAUGACAGGCUGGUGUGUCUGGAAGCCCAGGGGACUUCCCAAACCACAAGACUAGGUUCUGGAGCCACCUCGAGCCUUAAGGGAAAUGAAGAAGAGGGCUGGGAGAGAUUUACCUCAGAGUAGAGAUAGGUAGGAUCUUUGAGAGCAGAGGUACAUCUUUUCCCAAGCAGGAUAACUAGUUUGUGAGGAGUGGGAUCCCCUCAGUCUAUUGAUCCUUGAAAAGGCCCCUGUCCAUGCCCAUGAGUAAGGGCUGAUAGAUACCCAGCCUGUUCCUGAUCAGAUAGCUGUCCAUACCCAAGGUCUCCACUGGGGCUACCACCAUCCACCCCUGUCUUAGCACUGUGGUUUUAGCUUGAAGUAAUAUAAAGAGCCCAGGGGGUCCUUUUGGUAGGUGAGCAGUCACUGUCCAGCUCUCAGAGGAGGUGGCCAGAAACCAAGGUCAGGGGAUGUGUUUGUAAUCACAUGUCUGCUUAGAGGUAGGCUUGGGGACAAGUCUCCAUUAAUUCAGAUCUUUUCCCACAGUGCUCAGCCUCUCCUAUUUCCUAUUUCUGGAAAAUCUUACCAACUUACUCUCUGUUUUAAAUCCACUUUGUUUAGCCCUAUGUCAGCCAUGCCUGAGGGGCCACAUCUUUUCCUUAGUCUCAAGGAUGGAUCUGCCUUUUCUCUGGAUCUGGAGAUUGGAGGGAAAGUUUAAUGCCUGGUAUUGGUUUUAUCUUCUUCUCAAGAGCUCACUGCCCCUUCAUUGCACACUCACCUGGCCAGCUCCAGCCCCUUCAUUCUGUCUGACCCCUGCUUCCUUUUCUAGGAGCCUGGAGAAGCGUGGCUGGACCAAGACAUCCCCUGAUGUGAGCAGGCUUCCUCCUCUCCCCAUCUCCUGUUGCCACCACGCCAGGGAACAUCCUCAAGCCCUGGCCCUCAGGGGAGAGGUGACAGGAGCCCGGAGCCGAGACCAUGUGACGGCGCUGGCCCUCGCCACCGCCGUCUCCCCCACCCUGGCCCUCGGCCCGGCACCAUGAUGUUCCGAGACCAGGUGGGCAUCCUCGCUGGCUGGUUCAAGGGCUGGAAUGAAUGUGAGCAGACGGUGGCCCUGCUGUCGCUUCUGAAGCGGGUCACCCGCACCCAAGCCCGCUUCCUGCAGCUCUGCCUGGAGCACUCACUGGCAGACUGCAAUGACAUCCACCUGCUGGAGUCAGAGGCCAACAGUGCUGCCAUCGUCAGCCAGUGGCAGCAAGAGUCCAAAGAGAAGGUGGUGUCCCUUCUGCUGUCCCACCUUCCUCUGCUUCAGCCAGGCAACACAGAGGUCAAGUCAGAGUACAUGAGGCUACUGCAGAAAGUGCUAGCCUACUCGAUCGAGAGCAAUGCCUUCAUUGAAGAGAGCCGCCAGCUCCUCUCCUAUGCCCUCAUCCACCCAGCCACCACACUGGAGGACCGCAACGCACUGGCCCUCUGGCUGAGUCACCUGGAAGAGCGGCUGGCUGGUGGCUUCCGCACCCGGCCUGAGCCUGCCUACCACUCACGCCAGAGCUCCGAUGAGUGGGGGGGCCCUGCAGAGCUGGGCCCUGGGGAGGCAGGGCCAGGCUGGCAGGACAAGCCACCCCGGGAAAAUGGACAUGUGCCCUUCCACCCACCCAGCUCAGUGCCGCCUGCCAUCAACAGUAUUGGGAGCAAUGCAAAUGCAGGUCUCCCUUGCCAAAUCCACCCCAGCCCGCUGAAGCGCUCCAUGUCACUUAUCCCCACGAGCCCACAGGCCCCUGGCGAGUGGCCCAGUCCGGAGGAGCUUGGGGCCCGGGCUGCUUUCACCACACCCGACCACGCGCCCCUCUCACCCCAGAGCAGCGUGGCCUCCUCUGGCAGUGAGCAGACGGAGGAGCAGGGCUCCAGCCGGAACACUUUCCAGGAGGAUGGCAGUGGCAUGAAAGAUGUGCCCACAUGGCUUAAGAGUCUCCGCUUGCACAAAUAUGCAGCCCUCUUCUCACAGAUGAGCUAUGAGGAGAUGAUGACUCUGACUGAGCAGCACCUGGAGUCUCAGAAUGUCACGAAAGGUGCCCGCCACAAGAUAGCUCUGAGCAUCCAGAAGCUGCGUGAGAGGCAGAGUGUCCUGAAGUCUCUGGAGAAGGAUGUGCUGGAAGGUGGGAAUCUGCGAAACGCUCUUCAGGAGCUGCAACAGAUCAUCAUCACCCCCAUCAAGGCCUACAGUGUCCUCCAGGCCACCGUGGCCGCUGCUGCUGCCACCACUGCUGCCAAGGAUGGGGGCCAGGGGGAGCCAGCGCUGCCAGGUGCUGAGUCUUCCCUGGCCCACCCUGGCACAGACAAGGGCACUGAGGCCAAGGACUCUCCAGCAGCAGAGAGCUACCCCCCUCCACCAGCUCCAGCUCCCAGUGAUGGCAGUGAGCCAGCCCCAGCUCCCAUCGCCGAUGGAGACAUCCCCAGCCAGUUUACACGGGUGAUGGGCAAAGUGUGUACCCAGCUGCUGGUGUCCCGGCCAGAUGAGGAGAACAUCACCAGUUACCUCCAGCUCAUUGAAAAGUGCCUGACUCAUGAGGCUUUCACAGAGACGCAGAAGAAACGACUGCUGUCCUGGAAACAGCAAGUGCUGAAGCUCCUCCGCACAUUCCCUCGCAAAGCUGCACUAGACAUGCAGAACUACCGGCAGCAGAAAAGCUGGGCGUUCGGCUCCAACUCGCUCCCCAUAGCUGGCUCUGUGGGGAUGGGGGUGGCCCGGAGGACCCAGCGGCAGUUCCCAAUGCCUCCCCGGGCCCUUCCACCUGGCAGGAUGGGCCUUUUGAGCCCCUCAGGCAUUGGGGGCGUCUCCCCUCGGCAUGCCCUCACCAGCCCCAGCCUUGGGGCCCAGGGCCGACAGAACCUGUGGUUUGCCAACCCUGGGGGCAGCAACAGCAUGCCCAGCCAGAGUCGCAGCUCUGUGCAGCGCACCCACUCGCUCCCAGUUCACUCGUCGCCCCAGGCCAUUCUCAUGUUUCCUCCAGACUGCCCGGUCCCUGGGCCUGACCUGGAGAUCAAUCCCACUCUGGAGUCUCUGUGUCUGAGCAUGACAGAACACGCCUUGGGUGAUGGGACAGACAAAACCUCCACCAUCUGACAGGACCCACAGCCCAGCGCACCCAUAGGCUCCCCGGGCGGCGGGCGGGGACCAACCCUCAUCAGGCUUCUCUGCGACAGCGAGAGGGUGGGCUGGCUCAGCUAUACAUUCUAAUAUUUUUCUACUCUCUCAUCCUUUUAACUUUUAACAUUGGCACAUGCCUUGCUCACUCCCAGGCCCAUUGAGGGAUCUUUGCUGAGGCUGGGAGAGGGAGUUGGGUGGCCAGGAUAGGAUGGGGAGGGGGCAGGGACUGGCCAGACUGCCCACUCCUCUCCUUUCCUUCCUUGUCCCCCACUUGGCCCAGUUCCAUCCCAUCCCUGCCUCCUCCAGACCAGUGACCACCUGCCCCUCCCCAAGGGAGCAGACAGCCCCAGAGACAAACUGACCACUCCCUUGUGGAGCCAGCUCAGAAACGUUUGCUUUUUGGGGAUAAAUAAGCUCUCUGGAAUAUUACUUGCGAGGAGCUAAGAAGAGGAGGGUUGAGGAGAGGAACCUCUCUCUCUUUCCUCUUCAGCUUCUUUCCCUUCCCUUCCUGAGGACAGGAGCUGCCUUCCUCUACUUACCUUUCACCCUGUUUAUCAGAGGUUCUCUACAAUUAAUUUCUUAGGCCUAUUUAAGACACAUAUUUAUAUAGUUCUUAACGGUUUUCCUCUCUGAUCAUUCCCUCUCAUUUUUACAAUCCCCAGGCCUCUCUCUGAGCCAAGACAGUGGCAGAGGGAGCCUGAAUUUUACGAGGAGAGGGCAGAGCCCCCUCCUCCAGAUCCCACUUACCUCCCCCACCCCACCCCCCUUUCCCAGCAGUCCUGGCUCCCCUAGAUGCAGAGGUUGAAGGUGAGCCAGGGCAGCCAGUGAGGUCAGGAAGUCUGUUGCCUUAACAUCCCCCCCCUCCCCCACCAGUACACACCCCUCUCCACUCCCAGGUUUGGCUGUUGAGAGACUUGGGGGUAAGAAAUAAGAGAAAGGGUAUUGUUUGGUUUCUGGUUUCUUCCCCUACCCCAGCUCACCCUCAUGAUGUCAUGACCUCACUUAAGUGGAACACUAUAUCAUAGCCGAGAUUUGUCCCAGCCCCGGUACCAUACAGACCCUCUGGUCCCUGUUCCUACUGAGGGGUUGUACUGGGGACCAGGUGGAGAGAGGGGAUUUGGGGGGUUCAGACUAUGGGGAAGCCAGGGUCCCCUUUUUCCAGCCCCCUUUUCCUCCUCAACUCACCCCACCUCACUGGGACAUUCUCAAGCUUUUCACAUCGAAAAGGAAAAAAAAAUGUUAUUUUUAGAUACAUUUUAUGAAUAACUUUUGUUAUGAAUAUGGCUGGUAACCAUUGUGUAUGUUAUUAAAGAUACAAAAUGUUGGGAAAAAACAAAAAACCAAAAAAAACCACAAAAUUUUAAAACCACCGCCCUCCCCGCACUCUCACCCAUUCCCCAGACCUUUUUGCCUCUGCCCUCCUGGUCUGUAGACCUCCCUCAGCUCUGAGCCCAGGGAGUGGGAGGAAGCCAGGGGUUGGGGGUGGCCCCGGGGAUCUGCUUCAGGUCCCCACCUCCUCUCCCAGUGCCGGGCUGGGUGGGGUGUCAGGUUUAUUUAUGUACCUCUUGCACACUCAUCAACCUAUGCAAGUCCCCCACCCCGGCCCCUCCAUGUUUCUGUGCCUUUGCUCAUUCCCCUCAAACUCCCAGGGCUUCUCCAGUCCCCUCCCGCAAGCCCCGGGAAGUGGGAUGGACAGGGGCCACCUCGUUUGGAAUCAGCAGGUUGUCCCUCUUAUGGGAUCCUCACCUCCUCUCCUUCCCCCCAGCCAGUCCCAUUCUGUCACUACCCAUCAGGAUGAGCUGGCUCUGCCUGGCACUGGGAGAUGGUGAGGGACAUCCCCUCCCCAACAAAGGGAGGCAAGAGCUGGCCCACCCACACCCUCACCUGACAGCAGAGUGUGCAGGACGCAGGCGGCCCCACUCUGAUGGGCAGGACCCGGACCCUCUCCUGCUCAAGCCUCCCCAACCCCUGCUCCCCACCAUGAUUUUGCCCUUCCCCCUUCUAUCCCCAGCCCCACUGGCAGAAUCAGCUUUGAGUAACUGUACAGUUUUUCUCGCUGUUGGAGAAGACUUAUUUGUUGGAGUUUCACUUGUUUAAUGGUCUGGGCUUAUUUUGGAAAAAAAAAAAAAAAAGAAACAAAAACAAAACAGGAUUCUGACCUUUGUUAUGCUACGUGUAACAGAAAGCCCAGGGGCCCUGCCCUUGUGGCCUUCCGCUUUCCAUGCCUUAACCUGAACUUGAACGCCUGUGACGGGGGACUUGGGUGGAAUGAGACCACAGGGGCUGGGAGGAAGUAAAAAGAAGUUGACUUUAUUAACAGCAAAGGUUUGGAGAAAAAAACAAAGACUCAACAAAAUGAAGGGCUCACUGGCCACUGAAAAAGUACCUUCCUCGUUGUAAUAAUGGUAUCUGCACCAGCCCCAAAGGCCUUGGAACUCAGUCACUGUCACUGUCAGCUUCACUGGAAUCCGAAGUUGCCGCUUCACUGCCAUCUUCCUGGGCUGAGUGCUCGCUGCCGCUGGGGAAGGGACUGGCACUGCGGCUCCGGCUCCUCUGGCCAUCCCCUUCACUGCCGCUGUCCGAAUCAUUGUCACUGCCACGAGCCUGUCCUCUGUCCUCAUCGUCAGACUCAGCGUCGUCCUCCGAAUCUGCAUCACUGCCAAAGAUCUCCUCUUUGUCCCGGGCGGCCCGGGCUUCAUCCUCACUGCUCUCAUCCUCACCGCUGCCACUCUUGUCACUCGCUUCGUCCCUGUCACCCUCUUCGCGUUCACUCUCGCUGCCUGAGCGCUCAUCCUCGCUGCCUUCCUUCUCGCUGCUGCUGCCCUUCUCUCGCUCCUCAUCUGGAAGCAGGGAGAGAUGAGACCCAGUGUCCCUGCCUCCUACCCUCUUAGGCCCCAGGCUCUGGCGUGUUUGGCUUUACCUGAGCCCCCAGCUUCUUUCUCUGUCUCCAUCUCCUCUUCCUCUUCCUCUUCGGGUUCGUGAUUCUCCAGCUGGGCUUUCCGUGCUUCCUGGAAGCAGCAGGAUUGGGACAGACAAGGAAUACUGUCAGGUCUGUGUUCCCCUCCUUGCCCUCUACCACCCUCCCCACUGGGUGCUCUGGGGCAGAGUGGAACUUGUUACCUGAGCUUCUAAUUCCUUCUCAUUCAUGUCCCGGUGUUUGACCACAAGAAGAGCAUUGGUGCCUGACUGAACCCCAGCCUUGGCCCGGCGCUUACUGAGGCGGACCC